UAGGAAGGAAAAUGGCAGCCUCUUUUUACAUUUUCUUAUUUCCCUUUGACUGCUCUGCUGGAUCACAUUUUAAUGACUAGCUAAUAGCUACAACAACAUGUAUCAUCCUAGCUAGAUACAAUGUAGCAAAAUAAUCUGUUGUCAAUGUCCAGCUAAACUGUAACGGCUAACGGUUCAAUCGUAGAUUGGUCGUUGAUGCUAACCAAAACAAUAUCAGGCAGUCACCUCUGCCAACUAUUAGCGAAGAAGAAGUCGGUGCUCCUUUCUCUGUUGUCCCCCAUAGCUGUGCCAUGUAGAAGGCAGUGAUUCGCCCUUAAACUUUUGCAAAUGAAAAUGGAGGAUAUGUCUCUGUCGGGCCUGGACAACACCAAGCUAGAGGCCUUGGCUCAGGACAUCUACUCGGACCUGGUGGAGGACGCCUGUUUGGGCCUGUGUUUCGAGGUGCAUCGUGCUGUCAAACAGGGCUACUUCUUCCUGGAUGACACGGACCAAGAAAGCAUGAAGGACUUCGAAAUCGUUGACCAACCAGGAGUGGACAUUUUCGGGCAAGUGUACAAUCAGUGGAAAAACAAGGARUGUGUGUGUCCSAACUGCAACCGGAGCAUUGCUGCGUCCCGCUUUGCCCCUCAUCUGGAGAAAUGCUUGGGCAUGGGGCGCAACAGCAGCCGCAUCGCCAACCGCAGAAUAGCAAGCAGUAACAACAUGAACAACAAAUCAGAGAGUGAUCAGGAAGACAAUGAUGACGUCAAUGACAAUGACUGGUCGUAUGGCUCAGAAAAAAAAGCUAAGAAGAGAAAGUCAGAUAAGGUAUUUUUACAUUCUUUGAAACAACAUGUACCUUUGAAUCCAAAUUCACCCAGAAGAUCAAAAUCUGUAAAGCAUAAAAAUGGGGAGCUUAGUAAUAGUGUCAAUGCAGAUCCAUACAAGUACAACUAUAACACUGGCAUCAAUUACGAAACUUUAGGCCCUGACGAACUGAGGUCUCUGUUGACAACACAAUGUGGAGUGAUCUCGGAGCACACCAAGAAGAUGUGCACCAGGUCCCAGCGGUGCCCCCAGCACACGGACGAACAGAGGAGGGCCGUCAGGGUGUUCCUCCUGGGGCCGUCCGCGUCGUCUCUGCYYGAUGCAGACACGAUGGUGGAGAGUGACUGCUACGACGCCUCAGACGGACAGGUUCUCAUGAGUCGCCUACAGUGGGACGGAUCCUCAGACAUCUCCCCCUCCGAUUCAGCCUCCUCCAAAGCCAGCACGAACAACUCAGACUCUAAGAAGCCCAAAAAGAAGAAGACGUCUCUUGGCCUAAACAGCACAGGAGGAGGAGGGGGCGGCAGUGGGAGUGGAGGGGGCAGUAGCUCCCAGAGUAGUCUAGUAGGCCUAUCCAACAGAAAGAAGAAGCCCAAGCUUCCUGUUCCCCCUGCCCCCAGUAUCUAUGACAACCUAAACUAGGGUAGUCCCAGUCUGCCCCCCCCCCCCACACCGUACCCAGGAAGGUGACUGGAGGGUGACAUGGAAUUCUGAACCAAGCUUCAUCCAGACAAGUCAUGGUCUCAUACCUAACAGAGGUACAGAUGAUAACCCAUUAACUCACAUCCACUCACUCACACAUUAAUAUCAGCUCUGAUUAGCCCAGGGGUUGUAACUUCUCUUUAUUCAUAAAUGGACACAGCACCCCUUCAUUUGAACGCAAUUCUUAGUUGUUUGUUGUUGGACAAUAUUUUGCAAUUCCAGUUAUAAAGAAACAUGGGUCAUUGAUUGUUCACUUUAAUUGUGUUUUUGUUAAUCAGUGAUUUAGGCUUCAGACAUGGACCAAUCACACUCCGCUUUUUUGUACUCUGAUCUGUUUUCUCCUGAAAACAAAACAUUGCUUUCUUUUUGACUGUCUCUGUUUAGGAGGGGACUUGUGGACUAAUUGCAUCAACUUAUGGCUACAGCUUUGUUAUUAAUGUGGUGGGGGAUGUCAGUGCCAUCUUGUUGUCUCACCAGUAUUGGGGUACUUGAUGGUGACUUUAUCCGUACUAGCAUUGUAUUGCACAGUGGUGUAUGUGUGGGUGUAUGAAUGUUUGUGUAAAGUUGACUGUUUUCCAUGUUGUGGGCCUGUGUGUGAUAUUUCAUUUGUUUUUAGAUUACUAUGCAUCUCUGAAU